AUGAGGCGCCUUGUCUUGGGUCUCCAGAAAGAUGAAGAAGGGCAGCCUCAUGUCGAUGUCCUAGCUGAUGCCCUACAUCCCUACCCUGCGACGAAGAUUGGAUUUCAUCCAUCCACGCUACGUGUGGGUGAUAGUGUGGAUGCUUCGGAUAAGUCGCGCCAUUCAGAUUGGAGCGUGACCGAUCAAUCUGAUGCCAAUGUUAGCCUGGCUAGUGUUUCGUCUACAAGCACCGUACCAACAGAGGCAGACGCCUACAAUGAAAACGAUACCUACCCUGAUCUUGAUUUACUAGCAAGUUCAGCAGACUGUCUCCAUAUAUGGGAAAUGGAACGCAAUGAAGAUGUAUCAGAAAUGUAUGGGGCCAUGUCGCUACGGAGCUCCAUGGUGUCCAGUAAGAAACCGCCCGCGCCUACACCACGUUUCCUCUUGAAAGAAAAGUGUGCCCUGGCACAUGCAAAAAGCACAGCCUCACCGCCAGCGCCUCUUACGUCUUUCUCGUGGAACGAGCCAUCGCCCAAUUUGAUCGUGACGUCGUCCAUUGAUACCACAUGCACAAUUUGGGACUUACCUACACGUUCAGCGCUCACCCAGCUUAUUGCCCAUGAUCGGGAAGUGUACGAUGUGGAUUGGUGCCCUGGUAGUGCCGAUGUUUUUGCUUCCGUGGGCGCAGAUGGUAGUGUGCGUGUUUUUGACUUGCGCAAUUUGGAGCACUCGACGAUCAUUUAUGAGACGACAUCCGAUGCUAUGCCACACACGGACCGUCGCGAUGCCCAGGAGGGGUCCUAUGGUACUAACGUCCCUCUUUUGCGUAUUUCUUUUAAUCCAUGGGAUGCCAAUUACCUUGCCACUUUCCAUCUGCAGUCUGAGACGGUGCAGAUUCUCGACGUGCGAGCGCCAGGUGUUCCUAUUUUAGAGCUACGUGGACACAGCGGCUCUGUGAACAGUGUAGCGUGGGGUCCUCCCAGUCAGGGUCUGGGCCGCAAUGGUCCGAGCAAGGGUAUGGUGUGCACAGGUGGUGAUGAUGCGCAGUGCCUUGUGUACGACUUGGCGAGUGCGACACUUCGUACGGCCUCCGCCCAAGGACGACGAUCGAGGAAUAGUAUGUAUAACCGAAGCAAUACGCCAAACGAUGGUUUGCGUAUCGGUGCUGAGGUGCCUGUACUGGCUUACACGGCUCCAUCCAUGGUUAACAAUGUGAGCUGGAUGUGCACACCAUUUGGAAGCAAGCGUGCCUCCGCCCAAUACAAACAUCGCAGUUUCUACCGCAAUUUGCUGAAUGAAUGGACAGACUACACGUCGUCCUCUACGGCAACAGGUGCGGACUGGCUAGCUCUAUGUGCGGGCAAGUCUGUCAAAAUUUUGCGUGUAUAG